CCCAGGGCGGCGGUGGCAGCGUGUGGCGGUUCUGAUCCGCUUCCAGGGGCUGCCAGCAGCUGGCAGGACUGAGCCUUUAAGCCAAGCCUGAACGAGGAGAGACAUUUUAACAUAUCAUUUGGGGGCACUAGCAGAGAUGAGAACAGCUCAAAGCACGUGUCUGCUUCAGUUUCAGAGCGAAUGGCCCCGCUGUGGCCUCUGCCCGCUGCCAGCAGCCCGGCUGGCACAGCCAGCACCAUCCCCCGCAGAGAUCGAGCUGGUGCUUCCAGGCCUGGAGGGCACCUGUAGGGACGGCAGAGCUGCCUCUUGUGAGGCUUCUCCUUCAUCCUGUGGCACGGGUGUGACCAGCCACGCCUGGGCUGUGCUCCGGGACGGGACACACAGGUCUGUGCCCUAAGGUGACGUGGCUCCCGGCGGCCCUGGAGCGCGGCUGCCCCGAAAGGGUUACGAGGCGGGCUCCGCCCUUCCUGUACAUCGGUGUCCUCCUGCGUGACCUUCCCGGCAGCCCUUGCUGGCUCUGCCUCAACCAAACAAAGAGGACCAGAGGUUUUCAAACAGCUGCUUCCCUGAAAGUUGGCUGCGGUAGAGCUGGGCUGCGCUGGCACCUGGCUGGUCCCGGCCACCGGAGAACGCGGCAGUGAGUUGGUGCCAUCGCCUGAGAGGACCCCGGCUGCCGUCGGGAGUCCCUCUGAUGCAGAGUGAAGGAGGAUUCUUCUUGGUUUUGCAGCAGCUAUUCAGAACACUACAGGAAAGCAACAAAACUAAACAAGAUGGAUGAGUGUCUCUCCCCAGCUGCUUGCAGCUGCUCCAGCUUCCCAGGCUGUGCUGGGGGUCUGAGAAGGAGGUCUGGAAAUCAGACACAAAAGAAAGUAAGACAAGCAAGACAAUUGACAAGACAAGAGAACCUUGUCGAGCUGUUUCUAAUCACAAGGCCCAGACCUGACAGAUUGGCUUGUGUCUCCUUACAAGGACCAUGAGGAUCAAUCUCCUUUUGGCAACACUGAAUCCAUUGUAAAUGAGGUACAGGACGGUGUCAUCUCCAGACCCAAGGGCAGGCUCUGCAGCACCAGCAAUUCCCACAUGGAGUUUCUACAGUUCUGCUUGCUGUGACCUUCUGGGCCACCAGGGAAACACAAUGGAGUCCUGCCAGCUUUGUACGAUGAACCGUCACUUGCCAGGACUCUCUCCAGGCUUCCUGAGACACUGAGUUGCUGCUUGAGGUCCUGACUGCUUCUGAUUCCUCACUGUGCUGCUGGCAGGGUGGGAUUGAUGUCCAGUUUGGGACACUGGGCAGAGCCAAGCCCAUCACCAUCCUCUGUGCCCUUGGCAGACUAGGGGACCAAGCUGGAACCCUCUCUCUAAAGGGGUUCCAAGUGAGCAAGGGACAAGCUUGGGGCUGUCCAUAUUCACUCUGGUGGGAAGAGCCAUCUCCUCACCCUCUCCACUGCUGGGGAUGGCACCACAUGGAUGCAGAGCAAGGGUCAGCAGCCUGGCAGCAAGGCACUAGCUGAGCCUGAGCACCAUCACAGGGCACAAGAAUUGCCUGGGGGGGUGCCAGCAUCCCCACCACGGACGCACCCCAGGGAUGUAGGUGCCGGGCACGGGAGGAGUCCCGGCAGGAUGGGCCGGCUGGAUGACCGUGCCAAGAGGAGAAUCGUGGAGCUGCGCAGGGCUGGGCUGAGCUUCCGCAAGAUCAAGAAGGUGCUGGAGCUGGAUGACAUCCGGGUGACGCCACAGGCCGUGUACCUCUUCCUCAAGAGGAAGAGUGUGGAGCCGGGGUCAGCGGCAGCUGGCUGGGAUGGGGACCAGCCCUGGCCCCCACUGCAGGGGCAUAAGGCUGAGCUCCCCAGGCUGCUGGGCACCCGGCACCCUGCACUGCCCACCGGGGAUCCUGUGGGCAGCCAGGACACCAAGGAAGGCAUCCAGAUUGUCAGUGUGGCCUCACUCUGCAAGGACGGUGGGCAGCUUGGGGACACUUUGGCUAUGGGGCUGGCCCCUGGGAAUGGUGAUGACAGCUCCACAGGCUCAGCCCUGGCUCCAGGGACUGCUCUGACAGGCCUUGCCCCCCUGCCUCAGCCACUGCCCAGCCGAGGACAGCUGGUCACACCCCCCACCCAGAACUCAGCUCUGAUGGUGAAAAAGAAGACAGUAGACAGGGCUAUCCUCCUGCAGAAAAAGGUCAAAGAUGCCAGCACUCAGACUGCCUUGCCAAACUCUGUGGGUCUGGGAAAUCACAGCCUUGCUUGCAGCGAACCAGUGCCCCCCACUGCUCCCAGCUGCCCUGCCAUUGUCAAGAAGCUGGAUGCUGUACAGAUGGAGGUGCAGAAGCUGAGCCAGGCCCUGCAUGCGGUGCUGGAGCGGCAGUGCCACCUGGAGCGCCAGCAGGAGCACCAGCAGCGGCUGCAGCAGGAGGUGCUGAUGACACUGCAGCAGCUCAGCUCCACUGUGAGCCACAGCACUGUGCCUGCCACCCAGCCCUGUGGCCCCUUCAGCAGCAUGGCUGAGCCCUCGCCCAGCAUGCCAAACUUCAGCCAGUUCAAGAUGGAGCUGAUCUGAGCUCCCACAAGGCCUGGGUGUGCCAGCAGUACUGUGCUAAUGGAGCCAGGAGGAAGAACCAUCUCUCAGAGGCUGCCCAAGGAUUACAUGCAGCACCCAGCAGAUAAGGUCCCUGGUGCCUCAUCUUCCCAGCCCUGCUGACUGGAUGGGGCUGCCUGGCAUAAGAGGCUGGACAGUGGAAGGCUGAGGCCUUGCUCCUCCUGUGCUGCUGAUCGUGGCUGGCACUGGAGCUGGCUGGGGCUUAUGGACCUCAGGAGAACGCCUGCAAGGAGAAGAUGCAGCUAACGUGGACACAGCAGGGAGGUGGGACUCCAGGAAUACAGGAUGCUUCCUUCUCAAGGGUCAAUGCCAUGAUGAUCAAUCCUGCCCUUCCCUCCACAGAAGCUUGUUCAGUAAAAAUCUGUCUACACCACGGUUCAGAACCAGUGUGGGAUCAGUAUCUGUGUAUUCCCUACCCCUCACCCAGCCAGUGAGCAGGCUGGAACUGUCUGGGUCACUAUCACCAUGUGUGGAACCGCACAGGGUGCAGAAACCCGUGAGGUGAGACCACACACAAUGUUGCUGGAGCCUGGUAUUAGCUGCUGCACCAUUAGGGAUAGAUCAGACUUGUAGGAAACAAUCUUUUACUGAGCAGAUUCCACCCUCCUCACCCCACAGAUCUAGAGUCUGGUACUGCUGCUGCCCACUGUCUGGUGAGAUAUGGGCAGGACCGUACCAGUAAGAGUUGCAUCUGGGCAGGAGCUGAUUAACUGGAUGUUAAGCUCUCCUCUAAUUUCCUGGGCAGGAUACCCUCCUGGUUGUGAUCCCCAGUUGCAAGGGCUCUCCCUAGAGCAGGCUCCUGGUGGUGCAGUGCUGCUCUAGAAGACCAGGUCAUGAUGCUGAGAACCCCCUUCCCUGCACCAGAAGGGCAUGGAGGAGGCUGAUGGGCCCUCGCUGAGCAGUGGAGUCCAGAAGGACCAGAGACUGGCCUUGCCUGCCAGCAGUAAAGGUCUGAUGGGUGUGGCCUUGGCACAGCACCCAGUAGCGAAUCCCGAGAGGAGGCAGAGAACGUGUCCUUCCUCCACAUCAGCCAAGCAGGCUUCUGUCUGCGCGGGCACCACGCUUGGCACAGCCUGUGCCUAUGAGAAGUGCCCAGCCUGUUUCUGAGGUCUCUUUGAGUCAAAGGUCAAAAUUAAGAAGGGUAAAAACCAACUGAAGUGUUUGUACACAGACACACACGUGGAGCUGUACGCACGUGCACAGAUGUAGAUGCAUGUGGCAGGUCUGUGCAGCAGCCCCAGUGCCUGGGGGAGCUGGACACCUGCUCUGCUGCCCCGAGACACAUUGCUGGCCCCAGGGCUGUCAGAUCCAGCUGUGCCCAAGGGAACUAGAAGUCUGCUGCCAUCUGCCUGCGGUCACUCAUUUGGAUGUUGGUGUAAUUUUCGGGAUGUCUGAAAAGCAACAGAUGAAAAAAACCACACAAUCAGUUGCUCUGCUCUUUUGCCCAAGGCAGCUAAUCUGCACCUCAGGUUCGAAAAGAAGAGGCUGGAUGAUCAGCACUCAGCAGGCACAGUUCCCUAAUGUCUCUGUUAACGUUUUGGAGAAAAAGAACAACUGCUAUUCCCUGGCACAUGUAGUUAAAACCACGCUGGUUUCUGAAAGAGCUUCCCUAAAUCUGACUUGGGCUACUUCUUAAAUUAUUUAAAAAAAAAAAAAAAAAUAUAUAUAUAUACAUAUACACACGCUGGGUUUUCUAUUCCCCAAAUGUAUUCUAAGAACCUUCCUCAUUUCUAACUCUUGCACAUCAGCCAUUUAUCCAGUGCUAAAAAAAACCCAGCAAAAAUUAAUAACAACAAAUCACUUGGGCUGGUUAAAUAACCUAUCCACCAUAAAAUUUACUUCAGACAGAUCUACAGCCUAAGUGUUCAGCUGCUGUUUGCCUCCUGACCACAUUAGGGAACACCUAUUUAAUGUGCUGUCAUGUUAUAACACGGAAGGUGUUUCCCACCAAGGUAAUCCUAAGGUGUCUGUCAUUUCCAUCCUGCUCCAAGGAAGAGCUCUUCCCCUGUGGCCACAGCAUCAUCUGUUGUGUGCCACAUGCCUUCAGGUUUCUGCUCUCCCACCACAGCAUGUUGUCAGUACCACUGAUGGCCCUUACACUGCACCUGCUGCCAUUCCCAGCAUCAUCCAGGAUUUACUGGUGUUAUCUCAGCCUCCUGCAGAACCUGCAGUCUGCUCUGUCAGAAACAGAGGCUUUGUGAAAAGGAAGGGACUUCACUGCAGGAAUGAGGAGCAGCAUGUUCAACAGUCUGAGGGCAAUGUAGGUGUUUAGCUGAGUAAAGGAGCAGGUCUCUGUGCAGCAGUUAUACAGAGGAGGCCCUGGGGAAGGAGAGGGUGGGGGAUACACAGCAGAUACAACGGUGGUUUCUCACCUUUUGAUGAAAUAAAAAGCCAGGCCAACAAACAAUAACAGGAGCAGGAGAGAUCCCAUAACAAACAGGGAAAUUUCCCGGCCCUGAAAGGAAGCUGAGGGAACAAAGGCAGAGAACAAGCAUUACAGCCAUGACCUUUCCCAGCAUGGGGGAGCCCUAGGAGGUCAUGCAAUCAGUCAGAGAAUGUGUUGGAUUGGGCCCGGUUGGGUUGGGUUGAAUUGAAAGGAACCUUUAAAGGCUACCUAGUCCAAUCCCCUGCCAUGGACAGGAACAUCUUCCACUAUCCUAGGUUGCUCCAAGCCCUACCCAACCUGGUCUGGAACACUUUCAGGGAUGGGGCACCUACAGUUUCUCUGGGCAACAAUAGGUUGGGCUGUCUCAGCUUCCCACUCUUUUUCCCCUGCUACAGCCCUUGUGACAUCCCACCUCUGGACAGUUCCAGCCUGGGUGCCAGUAGCUGCUCCCAGCAAUUGAGCCUCGGUGUGAGCAACAGGUCCAAAAGCAAGGGCCUCCCCACUGAAGCCCAGUGGCUUGCCCACAUGUGCCCUCUCCUGUGGAGAUGUCACCUGACCCUGGUCCCAGCCCUGCUCACUGUGCUAGAAGCAGAGUCCCUUCUACUUACCAGAACUGACUGAAAUUGUUCAACUGGUCAAAAAGGCAUUUGGGUUAGGGAGUGUCCUGGUUUGAAAAAGAAGUGAAUUUUUUGGGAUGCUGUGGUCAAACCAAUAGGCGCUCAGAUUUGAAUAUUGGCACCUGGUGUGGCCACUGAGGACAUGGAUACGCCCCUGAGAACACAGGGGUUUAAAAGCAGAGAACUCCCUGGAGAAAGCUCUCUUGGUUCCGGUGGGUGAAAGAGGUCAGAGCUGCCCUGCCCAGCUGCGGGCUGGGUGGGGCAGGGGAAGCCAUGCAGCCGGGUGAAGUAGGCCGGAGCUUUGGACAGAGAAGGGAGGUGAAGGCCCCUGCAGGAUGGAAGGGAGGAGGAGUACUGAGAGACAUUGGGCAGCCACCCUCCCCCCCACCAGGAGAGAGAGAGAGGGAGAGCUGGUGUCUGUGCCUGUGCCACCAAAUUUGAUAGCACGGCCAGUCAAGAAGGAGAAGGGAGAAGGGGGGGGGGGGGGGGGGGGGGUGGUGCGGCAAGAAGGUGCCCGGCAGGACAGCGUGGGAGCUCUGGACAGGAAGAGCCUGACAUUUUUAACCCUUUCCUCGGAUGAUGGAAACCUUACAAAUGCUGAUCCUCUUAGAGCUGAAUGAGGAGAUAGAGAUAAGAGGAAGUGAGCCACGAGAGAAGUUGAGAAGAAUCUUGGGUGGGCGGAGGUGAUGGAGUGGCCUUUGGCUGGACUUUUCUUGUAUAGCCAUGGACAGAACCAUUUUUCCUGGGACACAGAGACUGCAUCUAGGGGGAGGCAAUGGCUAGGAGCCAAGAGAGUGCAGUGAUGUUAUGUGAAGGAGUGUGUGAACAGAGGUGACUGGUGAGGAGGGUGGUUGGUGCCCUCGAUCUUCAGUGGAAGAGAAGAUCUCUGUUCUUGAGACCCCUCGGCCCCAGGGGGUGAAAUUUGGGGGGAACAGGUGUCCCGAAAGUGAGAGACUGUUCUCUUUUUGGAACUGGGCAAAGCAUCCUUAAAAAGGGAAACCCUAGAAGCAGCCCUGGUCCAUGUGCAGUGGUGAGAGCACCGGACAUGGAAGGAAGAUGUCAUGAUGGCAAAUGAUCUCCAGGCCACGUGUGACAUGGAAACACAAGAAGUUUCAACUGUGUUUCCAGGGGAAGCCUAUGGUACAAGAAGGACUCCUCUCUCCUUGAUGAACUGAGAAUUGAUUAUCUGAAGGGUGGAGAUGGACUGAGAGUUGCUGAUCUGAGGGAUGGAUGUAUUGGAAAUUUGGUGGGGGAGAGGAAGAAUGUUUUUGGAGUUCUGUGUGUGUUUCCUUCUAUAUAUAGUUGCAGGUUAAUAAAGUUUUUCUUCUUCAUUCCUAAA